ACAUCUGACACGGAAUGACAGUUCACCGUAUCUGUCAUAUCGGCCCAUCAUUACUUGCAGAAAGCAAAACAUUCACAGCAGACGCGAAUUCCCUCUCGAAACUAAUCGUACUAAACGUUCCAAAAUGGAUGCUGCUAUUAAAGUCACACCGAAGAUGCCGGCAACGUUCAACGAGUUCAUGGGACACUUGGAGCCGCGCGAUGAAACCUGUUCCGCACAGCUGCAGGCCGUCCACCCGCUGAAGCAAUCCGAGUUGAAUUACAACCAACACCGCCACAAUCUCAACAUGCAGAUGCUGCGAAAGCACGAAGGACUAGCCGCACCGCUCAAGAUGGCAAUGGAGCUGAAAGCCGUCUCGAAGGUCGGACAUCUGCCGUUCCUUCCGUCGACAAACGUGGCUCGCGAUGUGCUGACCGGUCGCGAUGAAAUGAUCGAAUUCUCCGACAUAUUCAACUUGGAGGAACACCAAGAACUGUUGCGCCAACCACACGCAGUAAUGGAGAAGGUAUUGGGGAUGUGAGCUCACUUUUCUUUAAACAACAAGCACCGAAUGAUGGAAUGGGUUUACAAUAAAUUCUUAACAAUGUAA